CUCGCGCGGCGCUCCGCCGCAGAGGAGCCCGUGACGUCAGCAGCGCCCGAGCUGCCGCCGGGGAGGAGGAUGAGAAGAUGGGCUGCUUCUGCUCCUUCCUUCUGCUUCAGGUUUAGCGGAGGAGCCUUUGAAGAGCUGGAAGCGAUUGCACGCUAAUGAAGCAGGCCCUCGUUUAGGUUUGCGUGAGGACGUCGCCACUCACGUUGGGCUUCCGUGUGCUGGCGAUGGUUGUUCCCCGCCCGGGUGGCCCGUUGCGUGUCCCUCCUGGGCCCCACCUGAGACUGGGAUGAAGGGAGACCGCUCGGCAGCGGUGUGACCGGGCCGCGGCGGUUGGAAUGGCCUCCCUGGACCUGCCGUAUCGCUGCCCCCGCUGCGGCGAGCACAAGCGCUUCCGGAGCCUCUCCUCCCUCAGAGCCCACUUGGAGUUCAGCCACACGUACGAAACCCUGUACGUCUUGUCCAAGUCCAACAGCGUGUGCGAGGGCGCCCUCGUGCCACUGGCGGCGCCGGCGGGAGGCCGACAGGAAGCUCUCGAACGCGCGGCCUUCAGUGCCAAGGAGCGCCGUUUCCCAUACGAGCUGGCGCGUGCUGACGACCUGGGCCUGACUGCUGGCACCUGCUACGUGCCCAACCUCGAGAUCCCCCUCGGCGAGAUCUUCAUCCAGAGGGAGAUGUCUUCGGGUGGGGCAUCCUCGCCCAGCACUGCCAUCGCCGUGGCGGCCAGCGCAGUGGAGGCAGCCUACGAGGAGGGGCUGGCUCGACUGAAGGUGAGGGCCUUUGAGCGGCUGGAGCUGGACGAGCGGCUGGAGAAGCUGUCCGAGGAGGUGGAGCAGAGGAUUGCGGCACGCGUCGGGCGCCUGCAGGCCGAGCUGGAGAAGAAGAGCACGGAGCUGGAGAAGGCGCGGCAGGAGAGCGUGCGGCUCGGCCAGGAGAAGCAGGACCUCGAGGACAAGGCGUCAGAGCUGUCCCGCCAGGUGGACGUCUCCGUGGAGAUGCUGGCCAGCCUCAAGCAGGACCUGGCAAACAAGGAGCAGGAGCUGAGCUGCAAGCAGCAGGAGGUGGCUCAGAUCGACCAGUUCCUCCAGGAGACGGCGGCACGUGAGGCCAACGCCAAGGUGCGCCUGCAGCAGUUCAUCGAGGAGCUGCUGGACCGGGCCGACCGCGCCGAGAAGCAGCUGCAGAUCAUCAGCAGCUGCGGUACGACGCCCAACGGCAGCCUGAGCCACUGCAGCAUCACGGGGUCGAAGGGCACCGACCGCCAGAGGAACUCCAGUGUGCCCAGGGGGAUGUACCAGGUGUGCGAUCACCACUCGACGCCCAGCACAGGGGAGUCCAGCCGGGUGAAAAGGCAGGGCUCGGUGGGUUACGACAGCGACAGCAUGGACAUGGCCCCUGCGGAGGAGCGAGCGGUUAAUGCGCCGAGCCGAAUGAGCGAGAGCGGCCACGGUUGGGGGCUCCGCAAGCAGGCCAUCCAGAACUGGCAGCGACGACCGCGCCGCAGCAGCACAGAGGGCGAGGAAGGAGACGUAUCCGACGUGGGGUCCCGCACCGCCGAGUCCGAGGUGGAAGCCUGGGAACUGGAGCAGAGGGCUUUGUCCGACCCGUCGCAGUCUGGGCCCAGCAAGUCCCGCUAUCGCCUGAGUACAGGCCGCUCCGAAGGGAGCCAGAAACCCAGCCGGCGCGAGAGACCCAGCCCCUCGGGGUCCUCGGAGAUGAUCAGCCCAGAGACCCUGAAGACACGCGCAGCACUAUUCUGCAUCUUCACGUACCUGGACACGCAGACGCUGCUGCGGGCGGCCGAGGUGUGCCGCGACUGGAGGUUUGUGGCCCGCCACCCAGCCGUGUGGACCCGGGUCCUGCUGGAGAACGCCCGCAUCUCCUCUAAGUUCAUGGUUACGCUGUCGCAGUGGUGCACACAGACCCACUCCAUCAUCCUGCAGAACCUCAAACCGAGGCCGCGGGGCAAGAAGGAGACCAAGGAGGAGUAUGUGAGAAGCACCCGGGGUUAUCUGGAGGAAGGCCUUGAGGCCCUGCUGAAAGCGGGAGGGGGAAACGUGCUCAUCCUGAAGGUGUCCCAUUGCCCCAACAUCCUGACGGACCGCUCUCUGUGGCUGGCUAGCUGCUAUUGCCGCUCCUUGCAGGCUGUCACCUAUAGGAGUGCCACAGAUCCUGUUGGGCAGGAGGUGAUUUGGGCCCUAGGAGCUGGCUGUCGAGACAUCAUCUCCCUGCAGGUGGCGCCACUUCAUCCAUGUCAGCAGCCAGCCCGAUUCAGUAACCGAUGCUUACAGACUAUUGGACGAUGCUGGCCACACCUCCGAGCCCUUGGAGUGGGCGGGGCUGGAUGUGGCAUUCAGGGCCUUGCAUCAUUGGCUCGGAACUGCAUGCGUCUGCAGGUGCUGGAGCUGGACCAUGUGAGUGAGAUCAACCAGGAGGUAGCGGCUGAGGUCUGCAGAGAAGGGCUCAAGGGGCUGGAGAUGCUGGUGCUGACCUCCACACCAGUCACGCCCAAGGCUCUGCUGCACUUCAACAGUGCAUGCCGUAACCUGAAGUCGAUUGUAGUGCAGAUUGAGAUUGCGGACUACUUUGAGGAUCCCAGCAGCCCUGAAGCCAGGAACCUAUUUGAAGAGAUGCUAAACAAGCUGCAGGCUUUGAAAAAGAGACCAGGCUUCUCCAAGAUUCUCCACAUCAAGGCGGACUGUGCCUGCUAGCGUCCCCUCGGUGAGCUGUACGAGUCAAGCUUUACCUCACAAAGUGACAAGAGCCGGAAUGAGGCUUCUCCUGUCUUUCCAACCCAAACAACGACAACCUAAAUGAGCGACGAGAAACAAGUGCGCAAACGUGGCAAAAAAGACAGCCCUCCUUCAAACACUGGUGACUUCAGCAGGGGGAGAGAUACGAACCGCACUGGCUUUGGGAUAAGAGGAUGUUGGGACUGCAAAGGACAGUGACCCAAAGGUGGUUAGGGUUCUGUGAAUGAGACUUUUUUUUUUUCUUUUUUUUUUGCUGGGGGGGGGGGGGGGGGGGGGGCUACAUACAGCCCUGAAAACAACCUUGUAGCCAUCAAUGGGGAAACAGACUCACUGCUCUAAUGACUUGUGCAUUUUAUCACGGCAAGAACCAUUGGGCCUCUCAAGAGUGCAGUGUAAGCUAGAUUCAAGCUGAAGACAAAGCCUGAUUAUUUUUCUGUGUGAUAACCUUGUAGGAAGUGUUGAAAAUACUUUUUGUUUAUAUAAAGGACAGUAUAGAGAAACAAACAAGCAAACCAAUUGCCGACAGUAUAGAUCUGACUGAAGAGAUACUGCUGCUAACCCCUUCGCAGGAUAUUUGUGCUCAGAGGCCUGGGAAGAAUCGCACAGGCCAUCCCCUAAUUUCCUCUCGUCUCCACCACAUGCCACUUUUUCCACCGUGGUCUGAAACCUCCCCAUUAAUCCUCCAGCUGCUUAUCUUAACGGGCCAGAUGCCUCCCUGUGUCUCGCAUAUUUUGCUGCACAGCAGACACGGAUCCCCUGUGUCCAAGAUGCGAUCCCAGUCAUUAGUGUCAAAUAACUGAUGUUUUAAUCAUUACAAGCAAUGGAAGACGUGUGGUGGUUUCUAAGAGUUUAGACAGCAUAGGUUGUUAUUAUUGCUUAGUGCUUAAAAUAUAGGGAAAGAAGUACUAUAAAUUACCAGGUAAGUAUACUUCAUUACAGUUCCAUUUUGGCUAUUAUUACAUAAAAAUAGUACGUGUAAUGUUUACAUUCAGCUAACAUUUUUGUCCGGAACAACUUGUAUUAUUAAGCUGCCUACUGUUAUUUAUCUAUUUAUAUCUCUGGCAAUUUUUACUGAUGCAUUUUAGGGAAUUACUCUGCUCCAGGGGGCGUGGCGGCGUGGCAGGUUUCGCUGGGGCCUGCUGUGUGGUGG